UGGCGAAAGUAGCUUUGGUCUCUUGCAUCUUCGAAAACCCCCUUACGAGGACAUCGUAUUUCUCGACGAUACUCAACUCAAAACACAAAAUAUGCCGUUUAAAUCUAUCAAGAAUGACGCAACAGUUCUUCAAAAUCGAUAUUUCUAUUUUCACAUGUCUCAAAAGGUCGAUGGAAAAGGAUUUUGCUCCCCAAAAUCAACUUUGAAAACUGUUCUGUCGGAUAAGAAAUCAAAUGCCGCAGUUGCGCAGAAGGGUGUCAAAUGACCGAGUAGUUAGCUGUUUCUGCAACCUGCUAUGUCAAGAAAAUACCAAAAAAAAAAUUAACAGUAACUGGGCAGUCAUUUCGUGAUCGUAGCGUCAACGGACGUUUUGGUGCGGACUGUAAAGUAUGCGUGUCAGUUCGUGCGCUUAAUAAUUAUUUCCGCCUCGUUUUGGCGUGUGUAUGAAGACCGCCAUUUUGGAAUGUUGUAGUCUCAUUAAAUUGAUGAGAUAUCCUACACGUGUAGUUUUAUUAAAUUGAAGAAAUACUUUACACUGACCCAUCAAAGUAUUAGUGCCAGAAAGUGUUGAUAGCCACCUUAAGAAACGGCAGUGAGAUUCGGAAUACUUGCGCUACAAAAGCAAAUUUGUGUAAAAAAAAAAAAAAAAAGUGCCGACGAACAGCAAAUGUGUAAACGCCUUAUGGCAAUAUAUAAGGACUCCUAGUGUUGAAACUCUAUUAAAAUUAAUGUACUUAACAAAAAUGGCAUUGUCCUUUCGCCAGCUUUCGUUAAAGGCUUGCUCUUAGAGAUGCAGCUAAGUCUUGCAAAAGGGAAUAAAAAAAGCAAUUUACAAGAUAUGGCCGAGUCAGCUGAUUAAACAAAAAUGACAAGGUGAAUGUAAUUUAAUUCUGUGUGUUUCUCACCGAGGAUAGGACCUGUCAAGAUGACAAUGUCUUCUUCGUGACAGGUUCCACUUAGAGCAAUUUACACAAUAAAACUAAAAUAAUUUAAGCACAGGCGCUUGGCAUGGUGGGGAAAGUUAAAGACAUGUUCGUUUGUGUUUUAAUGAUUACGCUCUUUGGCUAUGUUCAAUAUAUCGACUCCUUUGUAAGGAAUCUCUCGAUCCUUUUAAAUUUUGGAUUUCCCUCUAAUGUUAUCAUCAAUUUCGUUUUCGCCCAAAAUUAAUGUCAGUGUCAUUCCGUUCGUAAUGCCGUCAAUAAUUGUAGCAAUCAACUGCUAAAGAUAAAUGUAUUUACAUACGUGAUGGCAAGUCCUUUUUUAGAAAACAUUAAGUAAACGAACAGCUUAGACAACUGAAAAGGUUCUUCUCAUUCGAAACUCAUCGCAGUUCAAGGAGAAAUGCUCGAAAAUGGCUGCUAACGUUUCCAUCGAUAAUAACCAACAUUGUUUUCAUCUACCAGAUCCUAUCUUCCAACACGCUCAGCAUCGCUACCAAAGCAAUUUAAUCACUGGUGUGAUCAACGCGAUCUUUGCGCCGUUCUCAGCAACAGCAAACUCUCUGGUGUUUCUUGCCAUCUUGCUGAGUCCGUCACUUCGUUCCACUCCGUCGUGCUUGUUGAUAGCUUGCCUCGCUCUAUCAGAUUUCCUUGUCAGCGUCAUCGUGCAACCUACUUACGUUGCUUAUCGAUUCAACGAAAACCUCCACGGCUAUGUCAACUGCGCGGUAAGGGUUCUCUACGCAAAUGGUUUUUACGUCUGUUACGGCGUCUCCUUUAUGACUCUUAGCGCAAUAAGCUUUGAACGAUAUCUUGCUUUGAGACUACAUCUUCGCUACGAAGGCCUGGUAACUGUGAAGCGGGUCUUACUAGUCGCAAUGUUGAUUUGGUUUCUUAACACUGCAUUAACCUCUCUCCAGUGGGCGCGCAUCAAUACAAUCGCGCGAGGCGUACACUUGUUUUUCUGGUUUAUCUCCUUAUUUAUUGCGGGAAUUUCACAAUUUAACAUCCAUAUCAUCGUUCGUCGCCAUUGCAAUCAAAUCCGGAAACAGCAGUGGGUUUCUUCGGGCAAUCAAAACUUUCGAAUGCAGAUAAAGCUUGCAGUCAGCGUUGCUUACAUAGUGGGAAUUUAUUUUCUUUUUAAUCUCCCCGUUUUGGUUGUGACCACCUAUCACCAAAUCGUCACUGGACACAUAACCUCUUACGACUACUACAGCUGGAGCGAAACUGUGGCAUUUUUAAACUCGUUCUUCAAUCCAUUGGUGUGUUGCUGGAGAAGUCAGGACAUCAGGAAAGCUGUUAAAAAAAUGCUUAGACAUGGAGUCUGUAAAAAGAUUAUUUCAGAAAUCAUUGAACCAAAGAUGUAGAAACAAUUUAUUUUGUUUACAGUGGGGGUCACCUCGUCAUUCCGGCCACCUUUUAUUUGUCCCGUCAAAGUGUCCAUACAUUUUGUUACAAGAAAAGCCUGCUAAAUUAAUACGGCCAACGGCCAUAUUCUGAAAUCCCAACCUAUGUAAUCUUUUAUAACUUUGCCCCGUUUAUACGGCCACUUAAACCAGUUAAGUUCACCAUGCCGUUGUUAACAUCGGAGCUCCUGCGUGCCGAAGGUGCACGAGCGGAGCCCCAUACCUAAGAAAAUUGGGUAGCACAUCGAUCUAAAAUUGUUAUAUUGCGUACGUAAUUUCUACAAUCUUGGUUACGCUUAUUGGUUAUAGUUUGUAAAAUUUACUGGGAAAAAUAGCAAAACCACACGCUGAACAAUUGCAUGCCCACAAUUGAUCAUUAUUUGUCCUGAGUCUCUGAUCCAUGAAAAACAAAUUUUGUUUUUCCUUUAUGGUUAGUUGGCUAAAUCUAUUGUGCGCACUGAUUGAAGUUUCAAUUUUUUGUAAAAUUAUAUCUGAAUUCGGGGUGCCUCUUGAAGAUCAGUUGUUUUGAAGUGCAAAUGUGAUUAAGACCGGUGAUCAUGAAAUUUUACCCUUCCGCGCCGUUAGUGCUUUUCCAAUAUGGCGUCGGGCUCGGGCGCUCUCGUUCGUGCCGACUAAUAACGAACAGUGUCUACAUCUGAGUGAGUGAGUGAAACACGUUUCUACGCUUCGCGUAUCCACGAGUUUAGAAAGUUCUUCUUGUAUUGAUAGGGUCUCUUAGUACUCACGAGUGAUCACGAGUGACCACGCGUGACCGCGAGUGAUCAGGAAUGACCACGAGAGAGAUGACAUCCAGGGGCUUUUAAUUCACAAAAAAUAACUCUUGAACGCCUUGCGUGUCUAUGUUUUAGUUUCUCCAAACAGAAAAAGGUAUUCUUGUAUUGAUAGGGUCUAAAAGUACUCACGAGUGACCACGAGUGACCACGAAGGCUCAAAACUUCAAACGCGCACUUUGUAUAUUCUUUUCUGAGCGCCGAGCUACAAAACAUACAUGCUCAGUUACUUAUCAAAAAUCACAGCGCUAAACUGUAGCUAGCGCUUUGCGGAAUUCACACGCACUUCCAUCGGAUCUAACUCGGGACUGCGUGCACGCACUUAUGAUGCUAUUUACCCCUGCAGGGAGGUCCAAUCGGUGAACACGGUCUUUCCAAUCAAAUUAAAACACACCGGACUAGGAUUGCGUUACACCACGUGAACGAACUAGUUUAACUAGAACACGUCCGAUAAUUUUUAGCGACUCAGUUUAAAAGAGGUACAUGUUCUCUAAGUCUUCCCCUUACUCUUUUGGAGAUGUUCAGAAUCGUGGAAUGUGGACCAUAGAUUGCAGAUUGCAUAUCAUGGAAUGAAAGGGAAACCCAAAAUAUGAAAAGAAAUUGAAAAUAUAUUAAAAAAAUAAAUUUUUAGAGUUGUAGCUCGGGUAAUGGGUAUGACAUUAUUCAUCGCUAGUUCAACUUCACGGACAUGUCGUCAUCUGUUAU